AUGUCGCUGACUGAUUCGGCUGCGAUUGAUGUCGCUCGGAGCGCGUCUCUUGCCUCUCGUCGCCUCGCAACAUUAUCCAACGCUGCCCGCAAUGAAGCCUUGACAGCACUCCAUCAUGCAUUGGAUGUGAACCGAGAGAUUAUUCUGGCUGCCAAUGCUAAAGACCUAGAAGCUGCUAAUCGUGCGGCUGAUAGCGGAGACCUCAGUCACAGUGUGAUCAAAAGACUUGAUUUGUCGCGGCCUGGAAAGUAUGAUGACAUGCUCGAAGGCAUAUUAAGUGUGCGAGAUCUGGAAGACCCUGUUGGCAAAGUGACCUUGCGAACUCUCCUCGACGAUGGUCUGACCCUCGAGAGAAUCAGCUGCCCUAUUGGUGUUCUGCUCAUAAUCUUCGAAGCCCGCCCAGAGGUGAUAGCCAAUAUUGCUGCGUUGGCUAUCAAGUCCGGAAAUGCUGCCAUCUUGAAAGGCGGGAAGGAGUCCAUGGAAUCUUUUGCGGCAAUUGCAAAAGUUGUAUCUGAAGCUAUUGCUGGCUCACAGGUGCCGGUGGCAUCAGUUCAAUUGGUUAAGACACGCGAUGCUGUGUCAUCCCUUCUGGCUCAAGAUGCGUUAAUUGACCUGGUCAUCCCUCGUGGCUCCAACGAGCUUGUUCGAUUUGUGAAGGACAAUACCAAAAUCCCUGUUCUUGGACAUGCAGAUGGUCUUUGCUCUGCUUACAUUCACUCUGACGCCAACACCGAAACUGCCAUGAAGGUCAUUGUGGACUCAAAAACGGACUAUCCAGCGGCGUGCAACUCCUUGGAAACUUUGCUUGUCCACGAGGACACUCUUGAGUCGGUUUUCCCUGUGGUAGCUACUGCACUCUUGGACAAAGGCGUGUCUCUCCGCUGUGAUGCUGCGUCAAAAGCCGCCCUCACAAAAGCGCUGCCUGCCAAGAAGACGGCACAAUUACAGCUGGCAACUGAAUCCGACUACAAUACCGAAUUUCUGGACCUCGUUCUAGCCGUGAAGACUGUUCCUUCGGCCAACUCCCCGAUUGCCGCAGUGGAUGCUGCUAUCGCUCACAUUAACUCACACUCAUCGAAACACACGGAUAUCAUUUUGACCGAGUCACAAGAGGUGGCAAAUUUAUUCACAAGCGGCAUUGACAGUGCAGGAGUUUUCUGGAACGCAUCCUCUAGAUUUGCCGAUGGAAUGAGGUUUGGAUUCGGUACGGAAGUGGGCAUCAGCACCAACAAAAUUCACUCCCGAGGACCAGUUGGCUUAGAGGGCUUGACCAUUUACAAGUACUUGAUUCGAGGAAAUGGCCAUCGGGCGGCAGACUACCAUGAUGGUGUAGGAGGACGGAAAUAUCUUCAUACAAACCUGCCUCUGGGCCAGUAA